AUGCGAUGCACUUAUUGCCUAGGCCUCGAUAUUCAAAAACUGAUUGAUUAUGCCGAGGUUGAAUUUUCGGGGUGGUACGUCCCCAAGAGUUCCUUCUAUCAGCACUAUCCCUCGAUUCACGAGCUGGAAAAAUCAGCUGAUGGAGGUUGCGACCUUUGUGCACUUAUGAUAUACGCCUUCAAAAAUUCUAGAUCAGAUGAUCACCAGUAUUAUGCUAGACAGGAUAGUGAUCUUCUUAGUGCCAUCAAGGACUGGGUAGAAACUUCCUCUAUCCGAAUUUCUAUCCAGGCGAGCCACAUUUACGUUGCCAAGCCAUUAGAGGAGGCUCAAAUGCUGGACCUGCUCCAGAUCUCAGCUGGGGAAUACAGGGAGACAAGUUCAGACCCUGAUGAGAGCUCUCUCCAAGAACCGCCGACAGUGUUCCUGCAGUUGUUGACACCUCUAGAUCGCCCGCUGAAACUCGGACGAUACGAUAUUGGGCGCUUCAAAACAGAUGUAGACCUUGGCUCGGACUCCAAUGUCGCCAUAGCCAAGAAUUGGAUCGAUACGUGCUCAAAUCAUCAUCAAGGCUGCCCUUCACCAGACCCCACAAGCUUCCCAACACGUGUUGUUGAUGUAGGAACAAUCGAUGACGCGAACUGUUGCCUUUUGACUCCAAAAACUGGCUUCAUUUCGCGAUAUGUAGCACUGAGUCAUUGCUGGGGUGGCCCUAUUAAGAAUGUCCUCCUCAAGAAGACGCUUUCUGAGUUCCAGACCUGCAUACAUUGGGACGAUCUCGAGGCAAAUUUCCAAGAUGCUGUUAUAAUUACCCGAAACCUCGGACUUAGGUACCUUUGGAUUGAUUCUUUAUGCAUUAUUCAAGAUGACCUCGAUGAUUGGGCUGCUGAGUCUACAAAAAUGGCGGACCUAUAUCGCAACGCAUUUGUGACAAUAUCCGCAAUGUCAUCACCUGUCAGCAACCAUGGCAUCUUUCAGACUCCCAUAGAGGUAGAAAACUCAACUCCAGCAGCUGUUGAUAUCUGCCUAUCGAGCAACAAUCAGACCACUGUUUCAGUCGCAGCGUUCAGUCAAGGAGACAGAUCAAAGGUUGAAGAUCUUCGUUGGCUCUAUUUGUACUCACCGUUAUGCAUGCGCGGCUGGUGUCUGCAGGAGUCUGUGUUAUCUCCGAGAAUCCUACACUAUGGUGUCUCUCAAAUAUACUGGAAGUGCUGCCGUGGCUUUCAAUCUGCAGAUGGUGCCCUUCCGGGCAAUUUGUUCCCCGAAAACGAGUUCUACCCGGCGCUAUCUUCUGUUUUGUACUCAGACCUUGCAAGGGACGGUGAUUCAUUAACAAUAGUUCCUCUGAACAAGAGGAUGCUCAUGGAUGAGUUUUACGAACUGGUCAACCAGUACACGAAAAGAAAGCUAUCGUACUGGGCAGAUAAGUUGCCGGCUUUCUCUGGACUUGCUCAGAAGAUGCACACCGCCAUUGGCGGGAAGUACCUCGCCGGAAUUUGGAGUAAAGAUAUCCGGAGAGGCCUCUCAUGGCAAAAAGAAAUGUCAUGGGCGAGACAUGCGUCAAUAUACCAGGCCCCAUCAUGGUCAUGGGCCACUACCAACGACUUAGUCAAUUUUGAUAACCCUGAUUCUUUCGAGGAUGAAGAAAACCUUAUCCUUGUAGAAUCAGACAUCCAGUUGGUCAAUGAAAACAACCCAUACGGCGCUGUGAGGUCUGGUUACAUUGUUGUACGCGGACUUACAAUGGAGCUCUGGCGUUCUCAGGGGACUAUCAGCCAGAUAGAGCUUGAAUCAACGGCAGACUUUGGGUCCGCCCAAUGGGAUGAGCCAAUGUUCGAAGGAGAAUAUCAUGGACUGACAAUGAGGCAUAUAUGUGAAGUGGUAGAUGCUGAUACGGGGGAGCAGUCAUGUUUUGUGGAGGGGAUUGAAGCUGGAUACCGUGACUUGCUCGAGGCAACAGUACCAGGGCUGGAGGAUAUUGAGUCAAAGGGCUAUAAAGUUCUUUUGGUGAGCAAGACUAGCCCCACAGAAGAAGAUCAAAGAGAAGGGGGACAUUGCAUUAUACUAGAAAGGGAGGCGGAGGAGGAGAAUGCCUAUCGAAGGGUAGGAUUUCUGUCUUUGUUUCCAUACCCUCUUACACGAUUCAAAGGUUGGAAGACCGAGACUUUGAAGCUUAUAUGA